AAAGAAGUCCUCUCCAAGUGCGAACAGUUUUGAAUUUAACGAACUUACAAUGUUAUUGUUUAUUUCCAGUCGCACAUUUAUGACCUUCAUAUUCUUUCUUUGAAAUUAGAGCUAAAUACAGAUAAAUUAAUCAACUAAUAUAUACUAUUAAAUAUAAAUGAACUAAAUAUAAUCUAACAUACACAAAGUUAAAAACUAGUUGCAAAUGUUUCACUUGUUGCAAAUGUAUUUUAGUGGUCGAUUGCACCUUUUCAUGUCGUCAUCAAAAAGUGACGGUAUUCCCCGGCAAGAAGGAGAGUUUUUUAAAUUUUUAUUGCAGAACCGUGUUGAUUGCUGGAAAGAAACAUGUCUGGCAGAUUCUAUUACGUCAUGGUUGGUCAUCAUGACAACCCAGUCUUUGAAAUGGAGUUUUUGCCUGUUGGUAAAGCUGAGUCAAAGGAUGACCACCGGCAUCUGAACCAGUUCAUUGCACAUGCAGCUCUCGACUUGGUGGAUGAAAACAUGUGGCUGUCCAAUAACAUGUACCUGAAAACUGUGGAUAAGUUCAAUGAGUGGUUUGUCUCUGCCUUUGUCACCGCAGGACAUAUGAGAUUCAUCAUGCUUCAUGAUGCACGACAAGAAGACGGAAUCAAAAACUUCUUUAAUGAUGUGUAUGAUUUAUACAUUAAGUUUGCAAUGAAUCCUUUCUAUGAAACCAAUGCUCCAAUCCGGUCAACGGCAUUUGACAGAAAAGUGCAGUUCCUUGGAAAGAAGCACCUCUUGAGCUAAUGAACCAACCUGAGUUCUGCACCUUUUUUUUAUUUUCUUCAUUGUGUUUAUCAUACACAUCAUUGGUCAACGAUCACCUGUUGGUUGUGUUUUGAUAAGUUCACUAUGGUUUACUUUCUUUAUUCUUACCAACCACAGUAUAAAAGAUAGCAUUGGGCAGUGUUUUAUAAUGAAUUAAUGGCAUGUUUGAGUGUCACCAGCUUUUUGUUGCCUAGUUUGAAAAUGGUCUGUAUGAG